UGAUAUUUGUUCCAAAGUAUCCUCGUUCCCACCAGCACGGCACUGUCUCUUAUCACCCACCACACCCCGUCCGCCACGCCUCCGGUCGCUUAUCAUCUAAGACGAAAUGCCCGAACCAAUAGUCGUGUCGUAUACCCAACCAUCACCCCACCUCCUAUCUCUCCUAUCUUCCCACGUUCCGCAAGCUCUCCCGCUGCUGCGCCGUCUGCAGUUCACGCGAUUCGCUGGCGGAAUUACAGAGCACAGCCGGGUCCUGUUCUUCGGUGCCUCGGGCAUUGAGGAGAUCACUCGUACAGAUGACGACGCCGACGGCGAAGACACCACUACCACCACUGCGGUCUUCACCGCGGCCUACGUCGACCUGUCUCGUUGUCCAGAGACGGAGGUAUGGGCCUACUCAUCGCUGGAACGCGUGGCCGCGCCGGCAUCGGCCGAGCAGAUCCAGCAGGCCGGGUCCCAGGCGCUCGCGCUCCUGAGGACGGUGAGGGAGCUGCGCGAUGCGUACGACGCCGCCCGCGAGGACAAAAGGGAACAGCCUGCCGUCCUCUUCGGCACGCUCAGCGAGGUGGUCCGCAAGCUCCUACUGGGCCGCGGCGCCGUGUUCGCGUACUGCAGCUUAUGGGACAAGUGGGUGUUCCGGCUGGAUGCACUGCCGGACGCGGCGGUGGCGCGCGUGGGAGAGGUGAUGGAGGAGCAGGGCAUGAGCUGGGGGAGGAUCGGCAGGGAGGACACCGGGCUGGUCAUCUCCAGGAGCAAGAUCUCGAGGAAGGAGAAGACGCUCGUGUUGUUGCCUUCGAUGGCUAUCAAGCUGGGCGAUGGCACGCCGAUUGCUUGGGCCUUCUUAGGCACGGAUGGAUCUCUGAUGAGUCUUCAUUGUGAGGAACAGCAUCGUGGACAGGGCUUUGCCAAAGCCGUGGCGUCCAAACUCAUGCGGCAUCACCUGAAGGACUUUGGAAGCGAUGGCUACUGCAUGGCUGAUGUAGCACCUGACAAUGCCCAGUCUCAAGCUGUUUGCAGAAGCCUUGGAGGCAAGGUCAUGUGGACAAGUUCUUGGAGCAGGAUAGACUUGGAUCGAUCUGCUGGCACUCGGCGAUUAUGAACAUCUGUAUGUCAUGGUUUUCGGCCUUAGGCACUGCUUAUACGUUUGACCUCGGAUAGAUAGAACUUGAGAUCGUCGGGCUUGACCCACGGGGUAAUACCAUGGCCGAGGUUGGCGAUCCACCCCUUCUUACCACCACCAAAUCCUUUCACCAUAUGUUCAACAGUUGCGGUGAUAUUUUCGUGGGUUCCGUACAAGAUGGCAGGAUCCGCAUUGCCUUGGAAUAUUGUACGUCUGUUUCCGCGAAUCUUGACAGC